UAAAAUAAAAAUAACAGUAACAUUUAUCAGUUUCUCAGCUUCUUUUGUAACACUUCGAAGCUUGCUUCGUAUAAAGAAACAUUUGCUCCAUGCAUGCGCCCUUUCCUAAAACCAAUUUAUUGGUCUCAGAAACCCACACUUUCACAUUACAACAACCUUAUAAACCAUUGUUUAUCCUUAAACUCCAUUAAGUUUGCCCAAACUAUCCAUGCUCAGUUGAUUAAAUUCGGAUUCAGUGGCACAACUUUUCUGGGUAAUCGCUUUGUGGACCUUUAUCUCAAAUUUGGCUCUUUUCAUGAUGUUUCCAAAGUGUUUGAGGAGAUAAACGACAAAAAUAUCAUAUCUUGGAACAUUUGGUUGAAUGGGUUGUUAAAGUUUGGUCAUUUUAAGAAAGCAUGUUCAUUGUUUGACGAAAUGCCCGAGAAAGAUGUUGUUAGUUGGAACUCGAUGAUUUCGGGUUGUGGGUUGUUGGGAUUUUGGGAUCAUGGAUUGGAAGUGUUUAAGCAAAUGCAGAACUUUGGUGUUAGACCAAGUAAGUUCACGUUUUCAAUUCUGACAACAUUAGUGUCUUGUGCUAGACAAGGGAAGGAAAUUCAUUGUAACAUGAUUACGAGUGGUGUUUGUUUGUCCAAUUUAGUGAUCGGCAAUUCGUUGAUUGAUAUGUAUGGUAAGCUUGGAUUGGUACAGUAUGCUUUUGGUGUGUUGUUAAGUAUGGAAGAGGUGGAUGUUGUGUCUUGGAAUUCAUUAAUUUCGGGUUGUUGUAAGUCAGGUCAUGAAGACUUGGCAUUGGAACAGUUUGAUCAAAUGAGAGCGUCUGGUUAUUCCCCAGAUGAAUAUACAUUGUCCAAUGCGAUUGCUGUUUGUACUAAUUUGAGAAAUUUGGAUAAGGGUAACCAAAUAUUUGCUCUAUGUAUCAAGAUGGGGUUCAUCUCGAAUCCCAUUGUUUCGAGUGCCAUUAUUGACCUUUUCUCGAAAUGCAAUGUAUUGAAGGACUCGGUUAAGCAUUUUGAAGAAGUGCAACGUUGGGAUUCUCUGGUUUGCAAUUCUAUGAUCUCAGGCUAUGCUAGGCAUGGCUUACAGGAUGAUGUUUUCUUACUUUUUUUGCUUGCUUUUAGGGAGGAUUGUAGGCCUACUGAGUUCACUCUAAGUAGUAUUCUAAGCUGUAUAAAUUUUCUUUCAGUUGAGCAAGGACCUCAAAUCCAUUCUUUGGUGGUAAAAUCCGGUUUUUCGUCGGAAUUAAUUGUCGCCACUUCACUUGUUGAUAUGUAUACUAAUAUUGGAUUAAUUGACUCAGCAAUGCAGGUUUUCUCUGAAAUGCAUGUAAAAGAUAUAAUAUCUUGGAAUACUUUAAUUAUUGGUUUGGCUCACAACGGCAGAGCUGUUGAGACAUUGGAACUAUUUAAAGAACUACUCAGAGAAGGUCUGGCACGGGAUCGAAUAACACUUUCUGGAAUUCUAUUGGCUUGCAGGUGUGGCGGUUUUGUUGAUGUAGGAAUGAGUAUCUUUUCUUCAAUGGAGGAAGAAUUCGGAGUUACACCUCGUGAUGAGCACUAUGCAUGUGUAAUUGAUAUGCUCUGCCAUGCUGGUAAAUUCAAAGAAGCAUUUGAUACUUUAGAAACAAUGCCUUUUGAACCUAGCUUUUUAGUUUGGAAAUCACUAGCACUUUCUACUACGACUUACACCAACCUGAACAUCACCGAAACAAUAGCCAAGAAGAUGAUAGAACAGAAACCACAGUCAUCUUUACCCUAUUCGGUGUUGAAUCGUGCAUACGAGAUGAGUGGUAAAUGGGAAGGUAUAAUUCGAGUGAAGAAGGCCAUGAAGCAGAGGUUGAAGAAAACCGUCGGAUGCAGUUGGAUUGGAACAAAAAACCAUGUAUUCAUGUUCGAAGCAGAUCGGUUACAGCACGAGGGAGGAAAAGACAUAUAUUUAAUAUUGGAACUAUUAACUUGGGAAUUGGAAGAAAAUAGCAGUAUUCAUGUAGAGCUUGAGAUAGAGGGUGCUGAGGGGUAAAUUGGAUAACCGAAGGCUGUCUCUAUUGUUCUUCAAUUUACAGGUUAAAGAAGCACCCUUUGUAUGAUUAUGGUUGUUUCAUGCUUUUAACCCAUUGAAGGAUUUGUAUAUGUUUUUGCUUUGAACUUUUGAUACAAGGUGAUGAAUAGCUAUUAUACAAGGAAUAAUCAUACCAUCUAAUUGUUUAGUUCAUAGGAUGUGCGAUGAUGUGUUUCUUUUGAGCCUGUGUUGGCCAUUUAGAUGAUGAGUUGCUGUCAGAAGAUUAAAA